AUGAUUCCCCAGCCCGGCGCGUUGCGGCGUGUGGUUGCCACAUGUGCGGGGUUGCCUUUCAUUCUAUUUCUCAACACGUCGUACUCGAUCGGGGCCAAUGCCCAGCUCAUCGACUGUUACCGUUGGGAUGGUACAGCCGUGGCAAACAACACAAGAUGUCCCGGCUCGAACGCAUGUUGCGGGACCGGCGCCGUUUGCCUCUCAAACCGGCUCUGUACGGCAGAUAGCAACCCCAACUCAAAGGCAAAACCUGUACGGGGACCUUGUGCCAUACAGGUAUGGGACGACAGCUGCCCUCAGAUUUGCAUGUAUAAUACAGGAAAACGAUUUCCAAGGGUUGGCACUUGCCCGGACGGCAGUCUUUGCUGCGAUGACGACCCAGACUGCUGCGAGAAGGGGUUGGGCAUUUUCUUGGAUGAGAGUGGCAAUCAGGUGUCAACCAAAGCCACGGCCUACAUCACGAGAUAUCCUCUGGUGGCCGGGGGAGUAUCAAGAUACACAUUGAUGCCAUCGCCCGAUGUUGCAUCGACAAGUACGAGCACUUUACUUGGUGCAGAAACAUCAUCCGAUCCCCCGGCAACCAUUACCCAGGCCGACGAUGUGUCAGAGACCACUCCCCCAACGCAACCCUCAGCAGCCCCCUCAAGCCCCAACGAUUCGUUAGGAUUUAAGCUCGGCCUCGGGCUUGGUAUCCCCGCGGCGAUGCUCGCCACAGCCGUGGUAGUGUACCUCUGGUUACGCCGACGGGGCUACCCCGCUGGCAGUGGUGCGGCUAGGGGCGCGGCGGAAGCGGCACCGUACCAACCGGCCAGUCCGGCCCCAGGCUUCGGUCCAGGAACCGAAUACGGCGGCGCCCUACGGAUGCCGCAACCAAUGUACCGCAUUGUUAACCCGUAUCCCGUGGAGAUUGGAGAGCAGGGCCCGAGCGAGCUGUUUGUUCCCAGCCCAGGGGCACACCAGCACUUCCCGGUGCCGAGUACGCCAAAGCUCCAGGAGCGGAGGUGGGAGUUUCAGUAG